AUGGUGCCAAGCCACUUGUGGGGGAGACUGGAAAAGCCGUUUAUCUUCCUGUGCUGCGCCUCCCUCCUCCUGGGGCUGGCUUUGCUGGGCAUACGGCCGGACUUUGCCCCUGUUGCUUAUUUCUUUCUCGCCUUGGGUGGCUUCUUCUUGUUUGCCUGCCUCCUAGCCUGUUUUCUGGAAUGGGUGCUCCGGCUCCAAUCAAUGCAGUCCGAGAGCCCAGGGGCCUCAGGCAAUGCACGGGACAAUGAAGCCUUUGAGGUGCCAGCGUAUGAAGAGGCCGUAGUAGUGUUGGAAUCACAGUACCGCCACCAAGAGGUGGACCAACCACCCCCCUACAGCAGUAUUGUGAUCCCCCCAGGACCUGAGGAGGGCCAGGAGGGGCACAGAACAAGACUGGAAAGGCGAGUGGGCUCAGAGGGAUCUAUGGCCCAGGAAGGAGGCCCUGGAAGAAUUCCAAUCAGCCAUCAGCUUCGGGGACCACGGGCUGUGUCCACUGCUCCUGAUCUGCAAAGCUUGGCGGCACCCCCCAAAUUGGAGCCUCUUACUCCGCCCCCUGCCUAUGAUGUCUGCUUUGGUCACCCUGAUGAUGAUGACGUUUUCCGUGAAGACAACUGGUCACCCCCCUAA